AUGAAUAUUGAAACAACAAAGACAGCAACAACACAACUGUUGAAUGAAUAUUACCAAAUCAGCACUCAAGCCAUACCAACACAGAGAGUCAAGUCUGAAUGGCAGGAUGACAACAAACGAGGUUUGUUUUUGGGAAUCAUCCAAGAGGGAGAAACCUCACACAUCACUCGACUGCACAACCUGCUGACUGCCAACCAAUUUGCAGAGCAGCAGGAAUUCUCAACCAAGAUCCAGUUGUCAGACCCAGAACAUCAUUGUACAUUCAUUGAUGACAUGUUUGGGUAUUACAUACUGCCAUUCCACAAAGACUACAACGAUUCAUCCAGCUGUCACACUCCAGUUUCAUCAAACCCAACAUCAAGAACCAACUCUGCUGAUGAUCUGGACUAUGUUGCAAAAGUGAGUGAGCUACAGCACAAGGACUUGAACAAGGUGGUUGAGAAGAGAGACAGUGUCUGCUUGUUUUGCUGGGAUAAGCUGUCCUUGCAAGGAGCACACAUCAUAUCCCAAAAGAACAUUGGAAUGGCAUACAACGAACCAUCCAUCCUGCUACGAUCUGGUUUGACGCAGAAACAUCAAAUACAGAACGGACUGUUGUUGUGUAUCAAGUGCCAUGACCAAUUUGGUAAACUAAAGCAAUAUGUGGAUGUAGUGGAUGACAAACUGGUGAUCAAUGAUCUGACAAGUGACAAGCACAAGAAGUGGAUUGAGACAAUUGAAGAUUUGAAAGUUAUCCGCAGAACAAGGCAAAAGAGAUGA